ACAAAAUCUGCAACCUGUAUCUGUAAAGUAAAACAACAAAAGUGAUCUCCAGUUUUUAACCAAAUACAGCAAAAUGGAUGCGAACACAAGAACAGGUCCGAUUUCAAAUGCGUCAGUGUUUUGGAGGAAUAACUCGAGUCUGUCUAAAUUGAUCGAAAAUAAGUUUCUCUCGGAUAUGAUCUUCGUGAUCGGCAAGGAGAAGAGACGAGUUCCAGGUCAUAAAUUUAUCUUUAGUGCGCACAGUUGGUGCUUUUAUAAUAUUUUCCACAAUUUAAAACUGGACAAGGACGAGUUGGCAAUUGAAGACGUGACUGUGGAUGCAUUCAGGGUCUUCCUGAACUACUGUUACACCGAAACAGCAGCAAUGACAACAUAUAAUGUCUUUGAUGUCCUGAAGCUGGCUCAGAAAUUCGAGAUGGAGCAUCUGGAGAAUCUCUGCAAGGCGUACUUACGAUUACACAUCCGCAGAGAUAAUUGCAUGCAAAUGUACAGCAAGAUCAUCGCAUUCGAGCGAGUUGCGGGUCUUGAAAUGAAAAUGAUGAAAAUAAUGGAUAUACAUUUCGAAAAGAUGAUUGAGCAUGACAGUGUUGUGAGCAUCUUCUUGGAUCUUCCACUGCCGGCGGUAAGGAAAAUUAUAGAUAGAAAUUAUGUGAAGCGCGAUGAAAUGAAAUUCUUUCGUGCCACAAUGAAAUGGGCUAAGAACGCCUGCCAGAAAAAGAAUAUUCGUCCAAAUUCAGUAAAUCUCCGCACAAUUCUUGGCAAUGUUUUCCAAUGUAUUCACUUUUGGAGUAUGAAAAUUGAACAUUUGCAUGAAAUAUUGAUCGAAUAUCCGGGAAUUCUCUCUCCAUAUGAGAUCUCUUGGUAUUUCCGAAAGUUCAGAAUUCAAAAAUAAUUUUUAAUGCAUAGUGUCUAGUUCAAUGCAAAUUGACUCCACGAAAUUGAUAAUAUUUAUAGUGUUCAGAAUUGUUCUUAUGAUACCUGUUUAAAUGUUUAUUGAAAAUUUAUAGAAAUGAUAAAAUCGUGCUGAUUCUUUAAUCCUUCUUUUGUAUAAAUAGUAUUGAGAUUCAAAUUGAAAAUAGAAUAAGCAUCGAAGAGUAUUUUUUUUUUAAAUUGUAUUUAAUAUAUGUAAAUUGUGAAA